UCCUCCCCCCCCCCCCCCCCCCCCCCAAGCAUGACGGUGGUGUCCGCGGACCACGUGGACGAGGGCGCCACCCUGCCGGGUCACCUGCAGGACGACGAGUGCGACGCGCACGAGUGCUGCGAGCGCGUGGUCAUCAACGUGUCGGGUCUUCGCUUCGAGACGCAGCUGAAGACCUUGGCGCACUUCCCGGACACGCUCCUGGGGAACCCCAAGAAGAGGAUGCGGUACUUUGACCCGCUGCGGAACGAGUACUUCUUCAACCGCAACCGGCCCAGCUUCGACGCCAUCUUGUACUACUACCAGUCCGGAGGCCGGCUCAGGCGGCCCGUCAACGUCCCGCUGGACAUGUUCUCCGAGGAGAUCAAGUUCUACGAGCUGGGGGCCGAGGCCAUGGAGAAGUUCCGAGAGGACGAGGGCUUCAUCCGCGAGGAGGAGCGCCCCCUGCCGGACAAGGAGUUCCAGCGGCAGGUCUGGCUCCUCUUCGAGCACCCGGAGAGUUCGGGUCCGGCGCGGGGCAUCGCCAUCGUGUCCGUGAUGGUCAUCCUCAUCUCCAUCGUCAUCUUCUGCCUGGAGACGCUGCCCGAGCUCAAGGAGGACGCGGGCGAGCGACGGCGGGCGGCGGGGAACGGAACCGGCGCCCACCGGAGCGACGUGCUGACCGACCCGUUCUUCAUGGUGGAGACGCUGUGCAUCAUCUGGUUCUCCUUCGAACUCCUGGUGCGCUUCUUCGCCUGCCCGAGCAAGAUGGCCUUCUUCCGGAACAUGAUGAACUCCAUCGACGUGGUGGCCAUCAUCCCCUACUUCAUCACGCUCGGAACCGAGCUGGCCGACGACCCGGACGACAAGGAGGGCAAAGGUGGCGGGGGCGGCGGAGGCGGCGGCGGCGGCGAGCAGGCCACCUCGCUGGCCAUCCUGCGCGUCAUCCGCCUGGUGCGCGUCUUCCGCAUCUUCAAGCUGUCCCGCCACUCCAAGGGUCUGCAGAUCCUGGGCCAGACCCUCAAGGCCAGCAUGCGCGAGCUGGGCCUGCUCAUCUUCUUCCUCUUCAUCGGCGUCAUCCUCUUCUCCAGCGCCGUCUACUUCGCCGAGGCCGAGGAGCCCGAGUCGCACUUCUCCAGCAUCCCGGACGCCUUCUGGUGGGCCGUGGUCUCCAUGACGACGGUGGGCUACGGCGACAUGUACCCGGUGACCAUCGGGGGAAAGAUCGUGGGCUCGCUGUGCGCCAUCGCCGGCGUGCUGACCAUCGCCCUGCCCGUGCCCGUCAUCGUGUCCAACUUCAACUACUUCUACCACCGCGAGACGGACGGCGAGGAGCAGGCCCAGCUGCUCCACGUCAGCCAGCAGAACCUGGCGCCGGACGACGCCUCCUCGCUGCUCAGCAAGUCCGAGUACGCCGACAACAGCAUCGACAACCUGCGCGAGGCCAACCUGCGCGGCGCCAACUGCACGCCGCCCAGCCGCAACUGCGUGGACGGCGCCAAGCUUCUGACGGACGUGUGACGCGCUGUUGUCACGGCAACGCCAGCUGGCCUCCUUGCCGUGUUGACGAGAUGUUCUAUUUUCAGACUUCCUGGAAUAAAAGACGACCGCGCUGGAAUUCUGUCCCGGCUUGUUUUUAGGUCCUGGGAACUCCUUGUUGACAUUUGGAGGAGGCGUGGCCGCCGAGACCCCUCCCCUUCAGCAUGCUGCCUCCUUUCAUCGCUUCCUGCGUGCACGUGUGUCAGGGGUCGCCGUGAGGGCGGCGUUUAGUGCCUUCACCCCUCCCCCACCGCCAAGUGCCUUCACGAUGACGAUGAUGACGAUGAUGACGACCGUGACCUCCGCAUCCUCACGUGACCUUUUGCAUGACAGACGUUUGGCAUGUUGACCCGGGUAAAAGUGGCGUUGAUGUUUUUCUUGUGUCUGCUGUGUUACCAUGGCGAUGAUGUAGUUAACCUCCCAGAAUACCAUGCGUGUUUAGCGUUCACCACUCAUAGCCGCACUUUCAAUAAACUUUCUUUUUUUUUUUUUACUUGGUGGUCGCGCACGUGCAAGGAGGUCCAAAAUAGUUCCCGUGCUCCGAGCAGCUCCCUCAGAGGUCGCCACGACCUCCGUCACUGGCGGGAGACGAGCAAGUUGACCCGAGUCGCAAGUUGACCCGAGUCGCCUGGUCAUGUGACACCACCUUCAGAUCAAUUAUUCACGGGCGCUGGAACCAUCGACCUUCACCAAUCACUGCUCUCCUCUUGGUAGCGUUAGCUUUAGCCACAAGCUAGGACAUAGCGCACGUGCACGUUACGGCUGAAUCAUUGGUGAGAAAGGGGGCGUGUCCCUAUGCCAACCCCCCCCAAAAAAAUCACCACGUGAUGUCCUAUUCUGCCACAUGGAAAGUGCUGGGGGGGGGGUACAUGACUCAGGAAUCACCGACAGCUUCAAAGUCACAUGACCAACUGUUUGAAAUGUGAAGUAAAAAAAGCAAAAUGGCGGCCAGUGGAACUACUGUAUUCCUCCAUAUGAUCGGACACGAUCACGCCAGCUGAUUCCAUGAUCGCCCACCAGAGGGCAGUAGAAACCAACAGCCACAAGCUGCUGAACGCUGCCAUCGUGUGGGCGCUCUGAGCAGCUGCAGUCACGACCCAAACACUAAAUGAUACAAAAACAAUACUUGACUACAACACGAAACAUUUUAGUAUUUUAGGGCAACUAAGUUUUACAGCCGUGUGGGAAAUAAUGUCCUUUCCAUCCCACUCAUGUUUUGACUGCUGUUGUGUUCUGUGAUGCUAUGGAUGCUAUUGAUGCUAGCACGCUAGCAAGUCCAGAAAAAGCCACGUUUGAUUCCACAAGAAAACUUUAUUUGCCACACGUUUAGAAGAAGGUGUUUGGUCUCUUGGUGGUGAAGCGAGGCUUGUGCUGGCGGCGCAGGACCCGGUGAGGCAGCGGGAAUUUGAUCUUGGAGUCCUGCGGGAGGAGGGGGUGGAGUCAGCUUCAGUUUUGGGUGAGGGGGCAAACGGGAAGACAAAACUCACGUGGAACUGCUUGAUGGCCGGUCUGCGACACUUGUUGGCAGCGAUGACCUGCACCUUCAUGAUCUGGAUGGAGUGGGCGCGGGCGCGGUGGCGGGCUCCCAUGUCCCGGUCUGCAAGGACACGCCUCGUUCAACACACGCACGACAUACGCUACGUACGGCCACGCCGAAGGCGACUCACAGCACUGCGUGACGGCUCCGGAGGUGGUCAGGUCGCGGUACUCUCGGUACAUGUUGUGAGUGCCGCUGCGAGAGUCGUAGCGCAGCCAGAUGCCGAAGUUCUUCACCUUCAGGGGGGUCUUCUCGUGGACCUGAACACAGCCGGUGUGAAUACACGUUUAUCGAGGGCAAAGGUCGACGCCGCCAGCCUCGUACCAGUCCGCAGUAGACCGUCUCGCCCGACGCCUUCUUCAUCUUCCUCAACUGGGACACAAAGUACCAGAAACGAGACUUGGCCACCACAUGGUUGGGGGCGAAGAUCCUCAUGCGGUACAGAGGGGGGGACGGGUUCUUGGCAGAGGGCAGCAGACGCCCGAUGACCUUGUACUCUCGGAGCUGCGCACACGACAAGUUAACGUGAACAUCCUAGUGAGUAUCUGCAACGGGCAACGCUUCCAGAUCAGAUGUAAACAUGUCCGUCCUUGAAUUCACUUUCACCGGCACUGCAGCAUCAGAGAAAGGCGACAAGGAUGACGUUUGCUUUCUGCACACCAGGCAAAAUCACACCAUCGGGAUCAUGUGACCUUUGGGUCUGGGUGCAAACAGUCUCAUACAUUCACAUUUACAUUAACGUACGGGACUCAAAUCGGUUCGACACAGAUGAACAUGAAGGCAGGUUCGAGUCCAACACUCUAGGCACGGCUUUCAUGUCACGCUAAUAUUCCGCGUUAGCUGUUAGCAUUAGCUAGUCUAGCAUUCCGCCGGCACGCCGCUCGAACAAGAACUAAUUAUCCG